CCCAAAACUACGAAGUUAUAAGAAAAGCGAAAGAUCAAAUAAAAAUCGGGAAGAAAAGGGGAAAACGGAAAAAGAAAACCGAGGUGAGCGAAAAGAUGACGGUGAACUGUUUGUUCUGUGCGUGCAUCGAUCAGGCGAGCAUCGGCGUUGUGGAGCGCUGGGGCCGCUUCCUGAGGCUGGCCUCCCCUGGAUUCCACUGCUUGAACCCCUUCCUCGGCGAAUGCCUCGGUGGAUCCCUCUCCACUCGCAUCAGCGCCCUCGACGUCAAGAUCGAGACCAAGACCAAGGAUAAUGUUUUUGUCCAGCUCGUCUGUUCGAUUCAGUUUCGAGUUGUUAAGCAAAAUGCUGAUGAUGCAUUCUAUGAGUUGCAGAACCCCAAAGAGCAGAUUCAAGCCUAUGUUUUUGAUGUGGUUCGUGCCCAUGUGCCUUUGAUGACUUUAGAUGAGCUUUUUGAGCAGAAGGGCGAUGUGGCUAAAGCUGUUCUAGAUGAACUUGAGAAGGUGAUGGGAGCCUAUGGUUAUAACAUAGAGCAGAUACUCAUGGUUGAUAUCAUACCUGAUCCCUCUGUGCGUAAAGCGAUGAAUGAAAUAAAUGCAGCCCAAAGGCUUCAGCUUGCUAGCGUUUAUAAAGGGGAAGCUGAAAAGGUACUUAUGGUGAAGAGGGCUGAAGCAGAGGCAGAGGCCAAGUAUCUUGGAGGUGUUGGAGUCGCGAAACAACGCCAGGCAAUAACGGAUGGUCUAAGAAAUAACAUUCUCAACUUCUCUCACUCCGUGUCUGGAACCUCAGCUAAGGAUGUGAUGGAUCUGAUAAUGGUCACUCAGUACUUUGACACUAUAAAAGAACUUGGGAACGCAUCGAAGAACACUACCGUGUUUAUACCUCAUGGUCCUGGCCACAUUAGGGAUAUAACUGAUCAGAUACGAAAUGGAAUGAUGGAAGCAUCUAGCGGUAAUGUUGAUCCGUUGGUUCAGUUAGAUUAGUAGCUUUGCUAACACAGUUGUUUCAGAUGGGCAUGUUGGAGAUUAGAUUAGUAGCUUUUCUACUGGUGGCUUCUGAAGAGCAAGUUUACCAACGCUUUCGUAUGAUACGUGUUUUAAUUUGCUGGGACCUUAUCAGUACUUUACUGGUGCGUAUAUUAGUAUAGUACAUAUACUAGUAUAAUAAACAUGAAAAGUUUAUCAGAGCUUUCUGUAUAUACUACUUCAUGCAUGUUGAACUUGAUCAGAAAAUUGCUCAUUUCAUAUUUUCCAUUAAUAAAUAAAGUUUAGGAUGCAAUUCUUUCUACUCAA